CUGCAAGAUUCUUUCCAAGCUCACCCACAAGUAUUUCUCACCGAAGGGUUGGAGCGAUUACCCAAAACCAGCUUGAAUUUACAAAAUCCAGAAAUAGAUCUUAACGAAGGUGUGAGACUUUUGCAGUCAUUGGAGGCCUAUAUCUCAGACCUCAGGACCAAUGACUCAUUUGAGGACUUUGAGCAAGAAGGCAUUGCAAAGGCUGGGACAUCAGUUUACAAAGAAGAAACGCAAAGGAAGCGAAAAGUUAGUACCAGGAUAACAAGAUAUGACGGCGAAGCACACGCAACAGAUUUUUCACCUCGCCAGAGUUUCAAGAUUAAUGUGUACUUACCGAUCUUAGACAAAUUACCAGCAGAGCUUAAAAAACACACUGAAGCAUAUAGAUCUGUGUCCAACCGAUUUGGAUUUCUUUCUCAUAUUUGCAAUAUUGAUGUCGACGCACUUAAAAAGGCAGCAAAUACCGUCAUACAAGUUUAUCCGGACAACUUUGAUUUGGCCUUUGUGGAAGAGCUCGUCCACUUUCAGAAGUACAUUCAAGGACAAUCCGAUGAUGAUGUCACUGGGAUGUAUGGAGCUCUGGCAAGAGAUCGACUGCACGAGGUGUAUCCAAAUACAUACAUUUGCUUUAAAAUUUAUAUGUUCUUAAUGAUCACUAACUUUUUAGGUGAGCGUUCAUUUUCGGCACUGAAGAGGCUCAAAACCUAUUUGCACUCAACAAUGAAUGAUGAGAAACUUAGUCAUCUGGCACUCAUGCACAUUGAAUCAGAUAUGCUUCGAUCUGUUGAUUUACAUGCUGUUAUCGACACUUUUGUAAACCAAAGAAUACGGACAUUUUUAAAACUACAAAUGUAA